ACGGCCCCAAUACUUCGUCGUAAUUUUAAGCCUAUGAUUAAAAUUAUGAUUUUUAUCAAGAGUAGCAGUAGCAAUUUUAGCCAUUUUUAUGGGUGCGUGAACAUUUUCGUGUUAUUGAAAUAGUUGAAUGCCCCAAUACAUUAAAGAAAAUACAAUUAUGAACAAUUAAUAACCCAAAUCAAACUGCAGGGAAAUGGUUCCCAAUGAACGAUUGACCGCAGUUAACAGUUGUAAAAUUAAACACAGCUAAAAUUCACAAUAUUACUUAUGGUAACAUUUAGAGAUAUAUAAAAAACACCCUUACAUUUUUCUAAAAUAUAUGUUAAAACAUAAUACACACUGACAGCAAUGGGACACUGGUUGCUAGGGUAACCACCAACUGUCAGGAGCAAUAAAUGUUAGAAAACCCCUCAGAAAAAAAAAAACAAACUUUCUGACUAAACAAAAUGAAUCUGAAGAACAAAUUAAGCAAUGUUGACAAACUUCACAACUACAAGUCAAUUAACUGACAGUAACUUUCAUUCACUGGUUGCUAUGGUAACCACCUACUGUCAAUGUCAGGAGAAAAUAAGUUUAAUUGAUUUGAAUGACAAGUAAAUCGACGUUGAAAAACAUUCACAUGGUUAAAACAAAAUCCCGUUACACGUAAACCUGAGAUUCAGCAGUUAAUAUUUUUCUAUUUAUAACAGAUAAUCCUAUAGACGUGUUGAAAGUGCUCAAUAAAUGCUAGAAUUUCAACAUUUCAGAGCUGAAAGGUCCCUGAAGGGAAGUUCAAGUUGCUGGAUGAGGACCGCGACGUCCGGGAUCCGGUCCAGUAUUUCUCCAGUGUGGAGGAAGUUGCUGGAGUCUUCCCUGACCGGGUCUUCGUCAUGGAGACAAUCACUUUCAGCGUCAAGGUGGUUUCCGGCGAGUUCAGUGAGGACAGCGAGUCCUACAGCUUCACUCUGCAGGCUGGAGACGAGCUGUCACUGAUGGGGAAGGCCGAGCUUCUGUGUGCCACACCCCCGAAGGAAAAGACGGGACUGAGCGCGCUCCUGAGACGCCUGGGAAAAACUCCAAGAAGUAAGACGCCCUGUCUGGUCUGUAUGAACCACCGCACCAACCAGAGUGUCAGCCUGCCCUUCGGCUGCCGCGGACGCUUCUGCACACGUUCCCCGCUGGAGCAAGGCAUGCUGGGAGGGGAGCACACAGUCCGCAGCAUCAUCGAGAGAGUCCGCCUCCCUGUGAACGUCUCGGUGCCUUCCCGCCCACCGCGGAACCCCUACGACCGCCACGGCGUGCGCGAGGGCCACCGUUACAAGCUGCUGAACAUCGUCAGCAAGACGGUGGUGCUCUGCUUGGUCCUCCGGAGGCAGGAAGUGUCUCCCUCGCACUUCCUGCUGCUGCGCUGCAUGCCUCGCUUUAACGUGGCCGAGGCCUCCGUCCACACGGCGGCGCUGGAGAGCCUGCUGCUGAGACACGCCUUCGACCCGGACGCCUACUCUCGGGCGGUUAGAGAGUCGCGUCCGGAGCUGGAGUGCAUGACGGAGGAGUGCGUGAGCCCCCGGCGGUCCCGGCUUUGCGUGUCGGGUCAGGACUCGCUGGCGCCUGCGCUGCAGCGGCUCUCCAUGUGCGGCUACGUGGGCGGGCUUUCUGAAAACUCUGUAGGGGCGAGGCUGGGCGAAGGGCCCGGUGACGAAAGGGAGUAUGUGACUCCCGAUUGGACUGAGGACGAGUUGAGAACCAAUGAGGAAAUCCCUUAUGAAGAACUCUGGACCAAUCAGAACGCAGAGAGUUUGGGGAAAGAACCAAACCUCAUUUCCUUCCACACAUCUUCCUCGUUGGACGGGUCUCUUGGUACCGUGGUGACCAGAGUGUCUACUCCACCACCUAUACCUCCAAAAUCUGAUGCUGUGAGGGAGGAGUGCCGCUACUUGCUCGCCCCUCCGGUGCCGCCUCGCUGCUCUAAAGGAGGCUCCGUCUCCAGUCCGGCCCCCAGCCCGCCGGUUCCGCCUCGCUUCCCCAAAACCUCCACCUCAACGAGGCCAAACCUCUCCUUCUACUCCUCCGGACUGCAGGACAGCUGCUCCCCCUCUCCGGACGCCACCCUCUACUGCUACCCGUGUUCCUGGGCCGACUGUCCCGCUCCUAACCCGGCCAGUCCGGACCAGACCUGCGCCGCCCCUGCAGAAAACACAUCCAGCUCUCAGCCUGCGCAGGCCACCUGGGCGGAGCCCUGGGUGGAGUCCUUCACAUCCCCCACACCCCGAAUGCGACCGCCGCCCCCACAGAGCCGAUUCGCACCGUUUGGCGCGUUGAACCCCUUCAACCGCCAGUCGCCUUGCCCCUCGCCCGAACCCACAGCGAACGAUUCCUCCAGAGGUGCGGAAGGCGGCGGGACGUCAUCGAGUGGCGCUGAUGGGUCCCCCUCUCCUCCUGACCCUACCUGGAGGCCGCCCAGCGACCUUUCCGCUCUGUCACUGGAGGAGGUGUCGGCGUGCCUGCGGUUCAUUGGCCUGCCGGAGGCGGCGGUGGCUGUCUUCCAGAGGGAGCGGAUCGACGGCAGCCUUUUGGUGCAGCUGACUGAAGACAUUCUGUCACACGACUUCCACCUGAGCCGCCUCCAUGUGACCAAAAUCACACAGUUCAUCCAGGGCUGGAGGCCCAAAAUCUAACCCUGCCACCCUGGUAAUGUGCCUGAUGGCGACGCAACCAUCCUUAAUGUGCCUUCCACUGUGACCCACUGGCUGCUGAGCCCCACUGCUUGAAGCCUAAGGAAACCACGCCCCCCUGUGGCUAAACUGCAGAACUGACUCUUCACUCUAACUGCAGAUUUUAAUUUUGUUUGUCUCUGAAUUUCAGACUGGAAGUAGUUUUACUAACAUUGGCUCCAGGUGAGAAUUGAAUAGUCAAAACUUUCCACUUUAGUUUUUAUUUUAAUUUUCGACAGAACGGCCUUUAGACAGCAUGCAGAGUUCUGUGGCCAUGAAACGGAAAAAAACAAACAAACAAAAUUUUUAUUUGAAUGGGGUUUACAUAAGACUGACAUGAUGCAGUCAUAAACAUGAAGGAGGCGUCACGAAUGUACAUGACUGUUGUCCUGAAGUGUCACUCUGUAAAUAAUGACAUUUUUAAUGAAAAGUCACAUAAAAAAUGUCACUUUUAUUGUAAAGUUGCAUUAAAAGUUGUAAAUAGUGACACUUUCAUUGUGACUUUGCAUUAAAGGUGUCACUAUUUACAACUUUUAAUGAAACUUUGCAUUAAAAUUGUCUCUUUAAAUGCCAUUUUGCAGUAAUAGUGACUCUUUUCAACGGACUUUGCAUUAAUAAAUGUCAUUAUUCACUGAAUGACACUUGCUGACAACAACCCUUCAAAUACAGUGUUCCCCAAAAAAACAUUUAAAAUUCAAAUUCAAAAAUAUUUUUUUGACCCCAAAGGAAAAUUAAAUGUUUUAACUC